AUGUAUAUAUGUCAGUACCAGAACGCUUCCAGUGAUGGCAACUUGUCAAAGGAGCAGGGAUCGACUCAACUCCCCGUUUCCAGCUUGCCUUUCUCCCCCACAAUUCCCAGUACUGCAGCCCCAAACUCUGUGUCGCCCUUAGCACUUUCGAGCGAUCAGUCCUCGGUUCCCAGUCCGUUGUCUGGUGGACAACCUGCUUCCUUUUCAAGUCUGAGUAGGGAUGAAGAGAGACCACCCUUCGAUAGGCACACGCCGGGUACUCUUGAUACAAUAGAACUCGGUCUCUUGAGCCACUACCUCACGCACACCAGCCGAACUAUCCCUGUCGACGAUCUCGAUCUCUACGCUCUUUCGGUAGGGGUGCCAAAUCUCGCUUUCAGUUCCGAUGUGGUCAUGUCAUCCUUGUUAGCCCUCGCAGCAGCAUGCAAGUCGCACGAUAUAGCUAAGCGAGCCCACGCGCUUCUGGACCCCCAGAGCCUAACGGAUAUUCGAAACCUACUUGCGCUUGCGGAGCGCCAUCACCAGGCUUCCCUACGGCACAUACAAGCGACCAUGCAGAACUCGGAUUCGUACGAUCACGUUCUUGCAAAUGCUGCAUUGAUGGUCUUGUACGCCUCUGCUAGCCACUCCGUCCGCGUGAAUCUUGCGACCGCUGCAAAAAAGUGUAGGCAGCGGCUACCAAAUGAGGUGCUUCCGCAACACUCACAAUGGAUCUCGUUCACACGCGCUGCCCAUACAGCGUCAACUGCAAUACUCAACGGUCUUGUGGCCGCCGCAGAUGCAAUUUGCACCACCACCUCCAGCCCGAUUCUAGAUGCAAGAUCAAAAUUACCGAAUCCGGUUCUUUGUAGCACAGACGGCUUAUCACUGGAGGAUGGUCCAUCCGAGAACACGAAGCGCGUAUUUCUGCCUCUAGUCGCAUCUACAUUCAAUCGAGCUCUUGAGAGUUUAUGCAGGAGAGCUGAAUUGACAACUGCUCUUUUGAAAAGGUCAGAGCUUUUUGCACCCGACUACGUACAGCUACAGGCAUGCUUGGAAACUGUGUCUGUACUUGAGAGAUGUGCAUGCGCAGCUCUAUCCACACGUGAACGUAGCAAAAGCGAAGAGCCACCAAGAUAUCAGCCCAUAUCGUGUGGUGAAUUAUCUAGAGUCUCACCAUGGGUGGCAAAAUACAUGAUCAGUGUCACUUCGAUGGAGUCGCCGCAAAUACUCCGAAGGAUUGUCAUGUCUUUUCUGAACAAAGCACCGGCUGAGUAUCUUAACCUCGUCCAGUCAGUACUUGAUUCACCCUCCGUGAAGGCGAGGGCUGCGAAUUGGAUGACACGAGACUCACCUGGGACGGACGUACCGCUGCUUGACGCGACGCAUUUACUAGCAAUGGACAUCUUUGCCCAUUGGCUGGUCCUUGUUAUGUUAUUGGAUGGCGUCUGGUGGGUUAGUGAUAUUGGAGAGUGGGAGCUUGGCCAGGUUGUAUCAUUAAUGAAGACUCAGGAUCUGCAGAGCCAGUCAGCAGAUACUGGACAAACGUGGUGGCCCGAGACCAUGUACUUAGUUAAGCGGGAGCUCACUGCCGGUUCCUAG